CUGAGGGACAAUUGGCUGAUGGAGAAAUCACACCAAAAUCCAGUCAAAUGGCAGCCUCUGCAGAUAAACACUUCCUUGACUCAAAGCUUGUGGAAGUCAGACAGGCCUCUAAGCCACAACCAACUGAACCAAUUGUUCUUUCCAGUGAAGAGGAGGAGGAGGAGGAGGAGGAGGAGGAGGAAAAGGAGGGUGGAACUUCACAUGUCCAAGCACUAGAGGGAGCCAAAGAGCCAUACAAGCAACAAAAGCCUUCACAGGCCAUAGAGAAAAAAAAGAUUCCAGAUGCACACAUUUUUCCCUCAGAUUUGAACAAGCAGGGUUCCAGCUUCGAGGACUCGACUUUAAAUGGUUGUCCAGUCAUGGAGCUUCAGUUCUCUGCCGUUUACAUGGGCAUCCUCAGUGUCUCAUGUAAUGGGCUUGUAAAGAUCACAGAUGAUAAGAUCACCAUUUCAUUGAAAGAUUCUUUAGGUUCUGAGGUAAAAGCAUCCUUGGCGACAGUACACGUGCGGAAGUACAGCGUGUGGGAUGGGCUUUUGGUGCAGGACAGUAAUUUAGUUAAAGAAAACGAAGUUCCUCCUUUAUCUAUCCUCCUCUUAUGGCUGGAUGAGGUUCAAGCACAACAUUUAUUUAGCGACUUGUCAGUCAUGCAGACAGAGACACGCCCAGCUGAGGGUAGCACGUGUGUUGUGCUCUGUGUGUCUGAACCACUGAAUGGAGUUCAGGGUGCACUGCUGGCCUCUAUAAUGGACAUUGUAGGUAUCAGACAUGGAAAUAACGAGCUUAUGUCCCCGCUCACAUACGCCGACAGUCUGACGCUUCUGCAGAACAGCCGAGACUCAAACAUGCUCCAACUGCUGAUUCCCAAACCGGAGACCGGAGUCUUGUGUGAAUCUGGGAGCUCACCUGCACCAGUGAGCCCAACUACAGCUUCAGCUAAGGACACAGAUACCCAGCCAGACUCCAGAGCCUACGCUUUAUGUCAAAGCAGAGGUCAGAGUGUUUACAGUGUGUCCUUGGCUCAUAAACCUGUAACAGAUUGGACUCAGUACCGGCAUUGUGGUCCUGCACGCAGGUUGAUCCAGUUUCCUCCACCACCGUCCAAAGGAGCCAUAACCGUGACCACUGAGGACCUGGAGUGUUUAGAUAGCGGGGAGUUUCUCAAUGAUGUCAUCAUCGACUUCUACCUCAAGUAUCUAUUGGUCCAGAAGGCCCCUCAUCCUUCCGUGAGAAGAUCUCACGUUUUCAGCAGCUUCUUUUAUAAACAGCUCACACGGCGUGACAACGCUAAUGAAGACAGCACCAGCACACCAGCCCAACUCAGAAGGCACCAGCGGGUCAGGACCUGGACACGUCAUGUGGACAUAUUUGAGAAAGACUUCCUAUUUGUACCCGUCAAUCAAGAAGCUCACUGGUAUCUAGUAGUUGUGUGUUUCCCCGGGCUGGAUGAGCCACAGUACGUGGCGAGAGGAGGCCAUGCCUCAGCGCAUGAUGGGACUGAAAACACCAGUGAAACCACAGCUCAGAGUGAAUCUCAGCGUGAAGAUGAGGACAUAAAUUCAGAUGAAAACUCUUCUGUUUUUGCUCCUGGUCCACCAACUUGCACAGAAAGUACCUGUAAACGACGAACUGUCUGUAAGAGACCCUGCAUUCUUAUCAUGGACUCUCUGAAGCUGUCUGUUCAUGAGCGUAUCUUCAAGCUCCUGCGCGAGUAUCUUCAGGCAGAGUGGGAGGUAAAACGAGGCGGACAUCGAGACUUUAGUGCAGAGCGGAUGGUGGGCUCUCACUGCAUAGUUCCCCUGCAAGACAACAGUAGUGACUGUGGUCUUUAUUUAUUGCAGUAUGCAGAAAGCUUUUUACAGGAUCCCGUAGUGCACUUUGACCUGCCACUGAAGCUGGCCUGCUGGUUUCCACGACAGAAAGUGCGCGAGAAGCGAGAGGAGAUUCGAGAUCUUGUGUUGCACCUGUACCGAUUUCAGCAAGGCUCUCUGGGAAAUGAAAGCUCAGAGAAUAGAAAAGAAAAAGGAAAUAUAGUUUAGUAGUUUUGAGCAUUAAGAAGAUCUGACUUAUUUUUUUUUACUUUUAUUUAUCACAUUUUAUUGUAAUGUUUUUAGGUCUCCAAUGUGUUUUUAUGCUUUUGUACACCUUAAUGCAAGAACUGUAAUAAAAUCCAUGAUGUGAAACACA